GGAUGCUGCUUGUUUUGCUUGCGUUUUUUUCAGCCGUCAAGCCUGCGAAUGUCCAAACGAUAAGGCAUCUAAGGGCUCAAUACAGUUAUGUACCUCAAGUUUUCGGAAGGCCUUCAUACGGGAAUGCACCUCAAGUUUUUGGAAUGCCUCCAACAAGCUCGAACAGGAUUGCGUCUCAAAUUAUCCCAAGCCGUCGAGUUCAGUACUGGAAUGCACCUCAAGUUUUCGGAAGGCCUUCAUACGGGAAUGCACCUCAAGUUUUUGGAAUGCCUCCAAUAAGCUCGAACAGGAUUGCGUCUCAAAUUAUCCCAAGCCGUCGAAUUCAGUACGGGAAUGCACCUCAAGUUUUCAAAAGGCCUACGAUAGCCUUGUACAGGACUGCAUCUCCAAGUGUCGGAAUGCGUCCAGUAACUCAAUACAAUCCUCAAGUUUACAAAAGGCCUCAAAUAAGCUUGCACAGGAUUGCAUCUCCAAGUAUUAGAAGGCGUCCACAAAUUCGGUACAGAAAUUCUCAAGUAAUCCAAAGCCGUCCAUUUCAGCACGGGAAUGCACCUCAAGUUAUUGGAAGGCUUCCAAGGACUGAGUAUAAGAAUGUACCUCAAGUCAGCAGAAGGGGUCCAGUAACUCAGUACAGAAAACCUCAAGUUGUCGGAAGGCCUCUAAUGACUAACAGUAAUGUACCUCGAGUUUUCAAAAGGCCUCAAAUAACCUUGCACAGGACUGCAUCUCCAAGUAUCAGAAGGCAUCCAGUAAUUCAACACAGAAAUCCUCAAGCUAUCCAAAGCCGUUCAAUUCAGUACGGGAAUGUACCUCAAGUUAUCAAAAGGCCUGCAGUAACUCAGUACAAAAAUGUACCCCAGAUUUUCAGACGGCCUCCAAAGACUCAGUACAAGAACCCUAAAGUUGUGUAUGUCGAUAAAAUUAGGAAAAACCAGAGAAAUAAGGAAGGACGUCAGUACAAAAUGCAACCCCUCAAAAUCACGUGGGAACUUAAACAGAAUGCGAAGAAGGAAUCAACUACUAGCACCAAACGGGCACGUGAGCAACCCUCAACAAGAAGACAAUCAAAAACAUCUACCCGGAAAGCACGAUCACGCACUAGCACUCGCAAUACCGUCGCUACUCCACAUACUCCAGUAAUAAGCAACGCAUCUGGUAAUGGAAAAGUAGUAUAUGACGUUUGGUUGGUGUUUGAAAGAAGAGAAUAUAUGGUUAAAAGAAAUGCAAAGUCUUUUGAUGACGCGAAAUCGUCAUGUGAGAAACUUGACGCUCAUCUGGUUUCCAUUCAUAGCCAAGAAGAGAACAAUUUUAUACACAAAAUUACUUCCACCGGCUCCAAAAUCAAAUCGUUCGAUGAGUUUGUCUAUAUUGGUCUUCGUCUAAAUUCAAAAAAUAAGUGGGAAUGGUUAGACGGAAACGGAUUGAACUACGAAAAUUGGGCUGAACACCAACCUGACCAGCCCCACAUUGAAAAAUGUGCGCAGUUCCAUCAAGGUCCAGCGAACCUUACUCAUGUCCAGGACUAUAAAUGGAACAGCAUUUCGUGCAAUUCGCCGAUGAAGUACUACGUUUGCAAGAAAAAUCAGCAGCAAAAAUCAAAAACAUCUUUCACACGUAAAGCAGGAUCACCCAAUAGCGUUCGCAAUUCCGUCACUACUCUACGUACUCCGGUAAUAAGCAACGCAUCCGGUAAUGGGAAAGUGGUAUAUGAUGUUUGGUUGGUGUUUGAAAAAAGAGAAUAUAUGGUGAAAAGAAAUGCGAAGUCUUUUGAUGACGCAGAGAUGUCAUGUAAGAAACUUGGCGCGCAUUUGGCUUCUAUUCAUAGCGAAGAAGAAAACAACUUCAUACACAAGAUCACUUCCACCGGCUCCAAAAUCAAAUCGUUCGAUGAGUUUGUCUAUAUUGGUCUUCGUCUGAAUUCAAAAAAUGAGUGGGAAUGGUUAGACGGAAGCGGGUUGAACUACAAAAAUUGGGCUGAACACCAACCUGACCAGCCCCACAUUGAAAAAUGCGCGCAGUUCCAUCAAGGUCCAGCGAACCUUGCUCAUGUCCAGGACUAUAAAUGGAACAGCAUUUCGUGCAAUUUGCCGAUGAAGUACUACGUUUGCAAGAAAAAUCAGCAGCAAAAAUAAUGCUAAUGCAGAGGUGGAUUGUAGAUAAAGACUGGACUGUUAGAUUUGGCUGUUCAACAAAUUUGGUAGACCUACACCUAUAGU